AUGAAUACAACUAACAAUAAAGAGGAUAUUACUUUGAUUUGGUUCGACUCAAAUAUCAAUUCCAAUACUCAUCUAGAACAAACAAUUAAACAACUACGUCAAAUCAAUGAUUAUGUUGUUUUUCACACUCAACUCCAAUCUUGCAUUACUUUCAUUCAAUCACUUCGUAAUGACAGAAUCAUCUUCAUCUCUUCAAUUGAUGCUACAUCACAAAUAUUAUCUCAUAUUGCAACAUUACCUCAAAUUGACAGCAUCUUUGUCUUCAAUUGGAAAAAAAUCGAUCAUCAACAUUUAUUUCUUGAACAUACAAAACUUAUUGGUAUCUAUGAUGAAUUCGAUCUAUUGUAUUUAUCAGUUCAAGAACAAGUCGAUUUUCUCAAUCGACAUUUAGAAAUAUUCAGUUUCUUUGAUCAAGAAGAAUAUUUGACAAGAGAUUUAUCGAAACAAACUGCUGAUCUUCUUUGGUUUCAACUAUAUCAUGAUGUUCUCUUUGAGUUAACAUACAAUAAAGAAGCUAAACAAGAAAUGAUCAAUGCAUCUCGUUCUUAUUAUCGAGAUAAUAUCAAAGAAUUGAAAGUGAUUGAGAAGUUUGAAAAUGAAUAUCAAUCAGAAGAAGCUCUUCGAUGGUAUUCGAAAAAAUCAUUUCUCUACAAAAUCAUCAACGAAGCAUUAAGAACCAAAGAUUUCGAUCAACUCUACAUAUUUCGAUAUUUUAUGAGAGAUUUAACAGAAAAUCUUGUUCGAGAACAUCAAAAGAUGAUUCAAUCUGGUAAAGAAAUACUAUUCACAUAUCGAGGAAUGAAAUUGAAAAGUGAUCAAAUUCAGAAAUUCAAAGAGAACGAAGGUAAAUUGAUUUUAAUCAAUGGAUUUUUUACAACAAGUAUUCUUUGUUCAACUGCAUUGAAUCAAGCAAUGAAAUCCUCCAAACAAACUGAUCUCAUUUCGGUUCUAUUAGAAAUUCAAUGCGAUCUACAACAGUUAGGUAGUAGUGUUUAUUUCUGUGAAUUAACAUGUGAAGAACAACAAGAAAUUCUGUUCGAUUCAAAUGUCACUUUUCGAUUGGAGAGUGUGAAAAUGCAGGAAAAUAUGUGGUUGAUUAAAAUGAGUGUAUCGAAUCAAGGUCAAAUGAUCAAAGAAAAAUAUAUCAUAGAUUCAGAUUGUCAAAUGAAAGAUCUAAGCAUCAGAAUUCUCUUUGGCCGAUUGAUGUGUGAUAUGGGUCAAUGGAAUCAGGCACAACACUUUUUUCAAUACUUAUUGAACAACUCGAAUAUCUACAAUGAAGAUAUCGCAAAGAUUGAAUAUAACCUUGGUGAAGUUCUUCAAUGGAAAGGAGAAUGGAGUGAAGCCCGAAAAUAUUAUGAUUGUGCUUAUGAACGAAUGAUGAAUGUGAAACCAAGACGGAUGAAGGAUUCAGCAGAUAUACUCUUCAAUAUUGGUGAAAUACUUUAUCAAGAAGGAAAAUACGAAGAAGCUCUUGAUUAUUAUGAACGAGCCUUAGCCAUACGAAAGACAACUUAUUCGUCUGGCAAGGUUGAUAGAUCCUGUCCAUGGAACCGCGAACGCAAAAAUGUGCUGAGUGGUAUUUGCGCGUCGUUUCGGUCGACUUUCUUGAAUUCAUUUGGAUUAUUUCAAUCGUUUUCUCGAUGGUAUUGGAGUAGAAAAUUUCGAGGAACUUCACUUUGGUUUCGUUCAAAAUCUACGACAAAUAGAAAAAAGCUUGUGGACGAACAGUUGAGCACCACUCAGUUACAAGAAAUGUGUCGAAGCUUAAAGGAAAUUGGUUGGUUACAGCAGCUAAGCCCGACUUGUCUAGAUAGUCAUGUGCCUAUUGCUACUAAUCUUCAUGGCUUCGGAAAAAUCCUUGUCCGACAAGCCAAGUAUGAUGAAGCACUUAUCUUUCAUCAACAAGCACUGGCAAUGCUCGAAGAAUAUUAUCAAUUUCCUCAUAUCGAUAUCGCCAUUAGUCUUAUGUACAUUGGCAUUGCCCUUGUUCAUCAAAGUAAUUACGAUAAAGCCCUCGAUUUGUGUCAACAAGCAGUAUCAAUCUAUGCAAGAUAUUAUCCAAAUGGUCAUGUAUACAUCGCCUCUACCCUCAAUUACAUCAGUUAUAUUCUCUACCGUGAAGGAAAGUUUGAUGAUGCUCUCAAGGUACACGAACAAGCAUUGGCAAUGCAACAAAAGUGUCAUCUGAAUGGUCAUGUCGAUAUUGCUUGUAGUCUAAAUGGAAUAGGACAUGUUCACUAUGGACAAGGAAAAUAUGAUGAAGCUCUGUCUUUUUAUCAACAAGGACUGACAAUUCUUGAGAAAUAUUAUUUUAACGGUCACGAUGACAUUAUUUGUACUUUAAACAAUAUUGGCUAUAUACAAAAUGAACAAGGAAAGUAUAGUGAAGCCCUUGAUUUUCAUCGACAAGCAUUAGCAAUGCAAGAGAAAUAUUAUCCAUCUUAUUAUGCAAACAUUGCUAACACUCUCAACUACAUCUCUAAUGUACUAGUUUGUCAAUCAAAAUAUGAUGAAGCUCUAUGCUAUUGUCAACGAGCACUUACAAUGCAAGAGAACUAUUAUCCUUCGGGUAAUGCUUCAACAGCCUCAAGUCUUAACAACAUUGGCAACAUCCUAAGUGAUCAAGGAAAGUACAAUGAAGCUAUUGAGUUUCUUCAACGAGCACUAUCAACUGUCGAAAAACACAGUCCAUUUGAUCGAUAUUCCAUUGCUUUUUAUAUGAACAACAUUGGAAUUACAUUGUACAAACAAGAAAAGUAUGAUGAAGCUCUUGAUUAUCAUCGACGAGCACUAGAAAUACAAGAAAAAUCUUGUCCAUCAUGUCAACGUGAAAUCACCAACACUAUAAAUUAUAUCGGUAAUGUUCUCAUUAAACAAGACAAAUACGAUGAAGCAUUGAAAUCUUAUCAAUGUGCACUUGAAAUACAAGAGAAGUAUUAUCCAAAUGGUCAUGUGAAUAUUGCGAUAACAUCCAUUAAUAUUGGCACUAUAUUUCGUAAACAACAGAAAUUCGAUCAAGCGAUUGAAUAUCAUCAAAAAGCACUAGAAAUUCAAGAGAAAUAUUAUCCAUUAGACAGUGUUAUUAUAGCUGAUACCAUCAAUCGUAUCGGUCAUGUUUUGUACAAUGAAGAAAAGUAUAAUGCAGCAAAUGACUAUUAUCGAAGGGCACUUGCCAUGCAAGAGAAUUUCUAUCCUGAUAAUCACAUCGAAAUUUCUCAUACUCUCAGCUCCAUUGGUAAUACUCUAUAUGAACAAAAGAAGUAUGAUGAAGCUCUUCAGCUUUAUCAAAAAGCGUUGACUAUUCAAGAAAAACAUCAUGAAUUAGCUCAUGUUUGUAUCGCAAAAAACUUGAAUUUAAUUGGUAAUAUUCUAUAUAGCCAAGAGAAAUAUGAUGAAGCUAUUGAAUUCUAUCAACGAUCAUUAAUUAUUCGAGAAAAGUUGCAUCCAUUAAGUUAUGUUGGAAUCGCCACCGUUCUUAGCAAUAUUGGAAAAGCUCUACAUUGGCAAAGAAAGUAUGAUGAAGCUCUUGACUUUCAUCAACGAGCACUAACAGUCCGAGAGAACUUUGAUGCAACUAAUCAUGCUGGAAUUGUUAUUAGUCUGAUGAGCAUAGCUAAUGUUCUAAGAGAUCAAGAAAAGUACAAUGAAGCUAUCGAGUUCCAACAACAAGCAUUGAUGAUACGAGAACAAUAUUAUCCUUCUGAUUCCAUGAACAUUGCUGAUAGUUUAAGCAACAUCGCUAAUAUACAAAAAAGGAGAGGUGAUCAUGGGCUUUGUCUUAUAUAUGAACAAAAUUGUUUCUUAAUGCGUGUCAAAGUUCUACCACCAGUCCAUGAAGACAUUGGCCAUAGUUUAUCGAAAAUAGGUGAGAUUUACGAAAACCUGCAUAAACCUACGGUGGCACUUGAUUACUAUCAACAAGCAUUAGCUAUCUAUAGGAAAUGUCUACCUUCUUGGCAUGCCAAUCUACGAAAGAUGGCAUUGAAUAUUGAGCGACUUUCGAAAGAACUUGGAAUAAAACUCGAUUAA